AACAUAACUCCGCCGCGACUUCAUGCAAUGGCCGUCUGACGUAUACCUACUUGCUGCUGGUAGCUUAUAAAUGAAUUCACGGCGUCACCAGGCGCAGAUCAUUUGCAGGACCAGUGAGCGCCCCGACCGUCAACAAACACAUGCGCACACACACACUGGUACCAGUACGCGUCAUGCGUCCUCGGAAUGAGGGAACAGGCACAGGAACUCCGAUGGACCCCGGUAGUACCCACACCGGCGCCAGCACGAGGGACUGACUGAGUAUCCAGGUUCCCCCUUCGGUUACCUUGUCCUGUCCUACCAGGCGCGCCUACCGGCUGUCCCAUGUCCCUGACAAACUAUGGAUUUUAUAAACAACAGCAGUAACAACAGCAAUUCGACCACAGCCUUCCCCGACGUCGUGGAUGUCAUUCCAAGGUGGGGUGACAAUGAGAAUGCAACGGGGUCUAGAAGUGUGCCCGAGGUGGAGCUGAGUUACCAGGUGGUCACCUCUCUGCUGCUCUGCGUGCUCAUCCUCUGUUCCAUAUUCGGCAAUGCGUGCGUCGUCGCAGCCAUUGCGCUGGAGAGGUCGCUCCAAAACGUGGCCAACUAUCUGAUCGGCUCGCUAGCCGUCACAGACCUCAUGGUAUCGGUUCUGGUACUACCCAUGGCAGCCCUCUACCAAGUCCUGAACAAAUGGACUCUGGGACAGGAGAUAUGUGAUAUAUUCAUCUCAUUGGACGUGUUGUGCUGCACGUCGUCCAUUUUGCAUCUGUGCGCAAUUGCCCUGGACAGGUACUGGGCUAUCACGGACCCCAUAGACUAUGUGAACAAAAGGACACCCAGGCGAGCCGUGCUGUUAAUCAGCGUGACUUGGCUGAGAUUCUCAAUCUCCAUCCCGCCCAUGUUAGGCUGGAGGAAAGCCGAGGACAGGGCGAACCCGGACGCCUGCACCAUCAGCCAGGACCCGGGCUACCAUCUACUCCACGUUCGGAGCAUUUACAUCCCGCUCAUCCUCAUGCUGGUCCUCUACGGGCGGAUAUUCAAGGCAGCCAGGUUCCAGGUUUGGAAAACUGUGAAGAAAUCGGAAAAGGCGAAAGUGUCGGACAAGUGCUUGGCCGUAUCGCCCGCUAUUUUUCACAAGAAGAUCAAUGGAGAGGCGGGGGGAAAGAAUUGGAAGCGCAGUGUGGAACCUACAUCCAACUCCCCGUGCGUAAACGGCUCCGUGAAGCACGGGGAGGACGGCGAGUCGUUGGAGAUCAUAGAAGUUAGCAACAAUUCUAAGAACCACCUGCCUCUCCCCAACACUCCCCAGUCCUCACAAGGGUUUGAGAACAGGAACGAAAAGAACACGGAGGCUAAGAGGAAAAUAGCUCUGUACAGGGAGAGGAAAACGGUAAAGACGCUCGGUAUCAUCAUGGGGACUUUUAUUUUCUGCUGGCUGCCGUUUUUCAUCGUGGCGCUGGUCUUGCCUUUCUGUGCAGAGAGUUGUUACAUGCCAGAGUGGCUGGGCGCCGUCAUCAACUGGCUGGGCUAUUCGAACUCUCUCCUAAACCCCAUCAUUUAUGCCUACUUUAACAAAGACUUCCAAAGUGCUUUCACUAAGAUCAUAAGAUGCAAAUUCCACAGACCGUGAGCCAUUCAUUCGUAAAAUGUUAGCGUUUACUUCAUUCCAAUGAUGGAAAAAUAAAUAAACAGUCUCUAGCCUACGGUGUGAAUUAGAAACAGAAUAGCCUACGGGACAUAUACAGUGAGACCUGGAGAGAGACAGGCAGUAUAUUUGCAUAUGCUGUGUGCGCUGCUCCUGUGUAGCAUAUUCGAUGUUGUAAAUAUCUGCGAGGCAUCGUUGUAUUUCCAUGCAAGACGUGUCAUUCAAAUACAAUAUUCUGAAUUCAUGCAUUGCCAUUCAGGAGACACGCGCGCCGCGCAGCGACAACGGCGCGAGGGUUUCUGUCCUAGAUCACACCAAGCUUUGUAGCAUUGAAACAAUAAAAAACUAUCGAAAUACUACAACUUCUGAUUGUAACGUCUACUCUUUCAACACAAACAGAGGAAAGCGUUCAAUGACAUUUGUAAAAAGAAAGAAAAGGAAGAAAAUACAUAUGAAGAGUUUAUUUCCAAAACGCUAUAUUCAU